CCCCCAGAAGCUCCGGGCCGGGGGAGGGAGGGGCGGCCUGGGCCGGCGGGGGGAGGAGCGGAGCGAGCGUGGUGGCAGCGGUGGAGGUGCGACCAUGGAAAUGGGCAUGGAGGAGCUGAUGCCGAGGCUGCUGCCCGUGGAUGACUGUGACUUGGCCGAGGACUUCGAUCCCACGGUGCCCCCGAGGACGCCCCAGGAGUAUCUGAAGCGCGUCCAGAUUGAAGCAGCUCGAUGCCCAGAUGUGGUUGUGGCGCAAAUAGACCCCAAAAAAUUAAGAAAGAAGCAGACAGUAAACAUUUCAAUUUCUGGAUGUCAGCCUGCUCCUGAAGGAUACUCUCCUACACUCAAGUGGCAGCAGCAGCAAGUGGCCAAUUUCUCAGCCGUUCGUCAGAGCCUGAACAAGCACAGAAAUCACUGGCAGUCACAACAUUUGGAUAGCAACGUUACUAUGCCAAAAUCAGAAGAUGAAGAAGGCUGGAAGAAGUUUUGCCUUGGUGAGAGAGUAUACUCAGGAACAGAUGCACUGUCUGAUAAUGAAAAUCUAGGAAUUGAUUACAUAAAGGUGGGCUUUCCCCCCUUGCUAAGUAUUGUAAGCAGAAUGAAUCAGGCAACAGUAACCAGUGUCUUAGAAUACCUCAUAAGCUGGUUUGGAGAGAAAAAAUUUACUCCAGAACUGGGUAGGUGGUUUUAUGCACUGCUGGCAUGCCUUGAAAAACCUUUGCUACCCGAAGCUCACUCCCUUAUUCGACAGCUGGCAAGACGAUGCUCAGAAGUCAGAGUACUAGAGGAGAACAAGAAUGAAGAACAAAUAUCAGCUCUGAACUUGAUAAUCUGCUUAGUUAGCAGGUACUUCGAUCAACGUGACCUGGCUGAUGAGCCUUCCUAGACUGCUGCAAGGGUUUUGUGUUGCCAUCAUACAAACAGCAUUAUCAUGUCAGUUACCAGCACUGUACUGUUGACACCUAAAGCUCCUUCAGAACACCCUCAUGAUAAUGCAUUUGGGACAGCAGUGAACAACUUAGGCUGAGCUUUAGCAUGAGACUGACAGUGUCUCCAGUAUUAUUAGCACCAUCAUUGUGAAACAGUCAAUGAAGUGUCUGGCAUCAUCUCUCGAGCUACUGUCUCUGUAGACUACAUUCUUGGUUAGGAACUCCUGUCAUCUGAGUAAUCCUGUGGACACUGCUAUUAGAUUAAGUCUGAGGUUACAAUACCUAUGAUUGUUCUUUAACACUCACCUACUGAGGGCUUUUUUAAAUAAAAAUGAAGCAUUUUUAAGAGUGUUCUUAAA